UUCCGGUCUUUUUGUAAACAAUCGAAGACCAAGAUGGGUCGUCGUCCCGCAAGAUGUUAUAGAUAUUGUAAGAACAAGCCUUACCCCAAGUCAAGGUUUUGCAGGGGUGUGCCAGAUCCAAAGAUUAGGAUCUUUGAUCUUGGGAGGAAGAAGGCCAAAGUGGAUGAGUUUCCACUGUGUGUGCACCUGGUGUCAGAUGAAUGGGAGCAAAUUUCUUCGGAGGCCCUCGAAGCCGGAAGAAUUUGUGCUAAUAAAUAUUUAGUGAAACACUGUGGUAAGGAUGCCUUUCAUCUGAGAGUUAGACUUCACCCCUUCCACGUCAUCAGAAUCAAUAAAAUGUUAUCAUGCGCCGGGGCAGAUAGGCUCCAAACUGGGAUGAGAGGUGCUUUUGGCAAGCCUCAAGGGACAGUAGCACGUGUGGACAUCGGACAGAUUAUCCUGUCUGUUCGUGCAAAGGAUGCACACAAAGAUAAGGUCAUUGAGGCUCUGAGGAGGGCAAAGUUCAAGUUUCCUGGCAGGCAAAAGAUCCACGUGAGCAGGAAAUGGGGUUUCACAAAAUGGGAUCGUGAGAAGUUUGAGCCAAUGAGGGCAGAGGGCACCUUGGUGCCAGAUGGUUGUGAUGUGCAGUACAAACCACCCCACGGGCCUCUCAGUGCCUGGAUGGCUGCACAGGGCAAAUAAAUCCAUUACCCGUCUGAUGAAUGGUCAAACUGAUUUGGAUAUGUGUGUGCGUGCACCUGACUGAUUCUUCAGUUGGUUGAAACUACGAAACAGUCAAAGUUGUUGUUUUUUUAUUUGAAUGCUAAUAAAUUCAAAUGAA